AUGGCUAUUACUUUUCACCUUCAUAACAUUUAAAAUAUUUAACAAAACGAUUGCAGUAGAAAUAUAACAUCCGGAAAUAAAGUUUCGGGGAAAAUGUUUCCGAAAAUUUCAUUUGUAGUUUUUUUAUCUACUGUGUUAUGUUUAACAUCAUUUAUAAAUGCUGUGCCAGUUGAAACAAUACGUGAAUCAAGAGUUGAGGACAUACCAGACUGGACAGAACCACCACCACACCCUUUCACAAAAAGUGAUUGUUUGCUGCCACCUCAAAUUGGUGGUCAAAUAAGAGUGUGUAUGGCUUACUUUAUCAAAUAUCAUUUUGAUGAUGCUACAAAAACUUGCAAAACAUUCGUUUACGGAGGUUGUCUUGGUAAUAAUAAUCGUUUUGAAACUGAAAAAGAAUGUUUAGACGCUUGUUUAUAAAACAUUUCAAUAAUAUAUUAUUUUACUAUUAAAUAAAAUAUUAAAAUUAAGAGCUGCAUAUGAUGCUUAUUUUGUGUUUAAAAUUUCAUUAAAACCGGUCACCAAAAUUCAACUAUUAUUUUUUGCAUUGAUGAAACUAUGUACUCUUAACUAAUUAUUUAAAUUAAAUUUUUUAAUAAAUUAAUUUUUGGUUAUUUUGUUCUUUGAUUUUUUUAUUAUUCAUUAAAAUUAUUUUUAUUUAUAUACAAUUGAUAUCUAAUGAUUCUAUGGUCAAAUUUUUUUUUUAAUUUUUGAUUUGAGAUUGUAAACAUUUUAAGUGUAAAUAAAAGUAUUAUAUUAUAAUUGUCUUCUUGUGAAAGACAACUGGGUACAGUACACAUUUUGCAGCUCUUUAGAAAAAUCAGACUGUUUUUAUAUGAUUUCAUUUUACUUAAGUUAGAUGGGAUAACUUCACAAUGAAAAAUAUCAUAAAUGUAUAUUUUUUCUCCAAUGACAAAUGAUUUUGAAAAUUUCAGGUUCAAAUAUUCUGUAUAUUGUGUUUAUUUUUUAGAGUAUACUUUGGCCAAAAUUAAUUUUUAGCUUUAUAAAACUUUUAAAACAAUUCCUUAACCAUAGAAAAUGUAAACCCUAAUAAUUUUUUAAAUAAAUCAAAUAGUUUUAACUUCA